AUGAAUUCCCGAAUCGUCUACGCCUUUGCCCUCCUUGCCGUCUUCGUUUCUGCGUAAGUUUUCAGAGCAGCGCCAUUGAGAAUGGGCGUUUUGUUUCAGACAAACUGACGACGAUGUGUGGGACCCGACGGUCCGUGACCAGACCGAGUUCUGCGGGACGAUGGCCCAGUACGCGCCGGACGGAGAGAUCUACUGCAAGCAGUUCAGCACUUGCUGCGACCGACAGUUUGACCCCAAUAAUGGAGACAAGUGCCAGGUGAAGGAGUCUGAGUGCUCGCCGACCGACGACGGACGCAGCGGACUCGGAGUCUGCAAGCUCUCCAACUGCACCGAACUCGUCACCACCACCACUACAACGACCACCCCCGCACCACUGUUCGAGUCGAUCAACGCCGCCUACCAAGGUUGGUUAAGGGUCGCCAACAAUUAUUGUAGCUCACAUUACUCGCAUGCUCACAUUAAUCCUCUAGGUAAUCGGUUGUAUCAUUAAUCAAGACCAUACAUUUAUAAGCGGUGGCAGGUGUGCUGCCGAGCCACGUGGCUGCCGUCGCAUCUCACAAAUAUGUACUAAUGUGAAUGCAAGAUGGGACGAGGGACGUGCAUUGAGGUCUAGGGUCAGCCCUUUGGGGAUUUCCAAGCACAUCAUUAGAAUUUCGAGGUGUCCUGCCCCUCCGUUUCCUUCGAUUUCGCACACUCUGAGAUGAGAUGAAGGGGAAGGAAAGGAGACAUUUCGGAGAGAAAUUGAGGCGACAUAAGGAGCUGACUCUCAGACAGCCGCUCCGGAAAUUGCGUGACAAUUGACUAUUCGUUAUGCGAGGUCCCCAGAAGCCAUUGCGGCGCCGGAAGACAAUGAAAUGCGCAGUGAAAGUGCAAAGCGGAGACUGGCUAAUGAACCUCGCAGCAAGCGUUUAGUACUGUUUUGCCGCAUGAUCGCUCUCGGACCUCUUCUAAUUAGCACGGUAUUGAAAAAUGGUCCGGUUCAGCCGGGGGGCCAGGUGGGUCCAAAGACGGAUUAGCCGUCCGGAUUAAGGAACCAGGUGAGGCAGGGAACCCCGGAAAAAUAGGCACUAACGCGAGGGGUCAUUAAAGAUAAAAUCGGAUCAACACAUUUGAAUCUCGUUUUUCAGCCGUCACCAUUCUCGCCCCACUCGCCGCCGCCCUGUUCUGUGUGAUGUGA